CCGGGCCACUCUUUACCACCCCAGGCCGAGCUGCAUUCUGCUGUUCCACCGGCCACACAAAGCACCGUCAGAGCAGCAUUGGCCAUCAUUCGUCAAUGACCACCAAGAUACGCAACCCUGGAACCAAAGUCAGCAGCCGUGGCAGAGACGUGCCAGGGGAGGAGGUCCGCAGUCAUCAAAAACAACCGAAGCACCAACAAACCGAUCGUUUUCCUGGCUUUGUAAAUCUCCGCUUACGCCGACGAAGCCCUUCAUCAUUUUCCCCAAGCCUGCGAGGUGUUCGCAUCUUCCCGAAUAUCAUCAGCUUUGCUAGUUCCCUCCUUGCAGCUGGGAUCGCCUGUCCAGCUGAGCGUACCUACCGUUAGUCGAUCCCGGGGCCUAUUCGGCAUCAACGGCAACGCCCCUUGGCAGCGUCUCGAGCGACCUAGUUGAAGCUCGCUGGUCUCGUCA